GCGGGAGCGAGCGGGGCGCCUGGAAACAGGUCUGAGCGGCGCUGGAAGACAGGCUCAAAUGGUCAGACUGGGGGAUCCGCCAGGCGUCGGUGCUGCGCUGCGCUGCUCUCACUGCGGUCCGGUGCGGUCCAGGGGCGCCGGCGGACGCGCUGCACGUCCGCUUUUAAAGUUUCCUCUCGGGAGUUUUUCGGAUCGGAGUCGGCGGUAAAGAUUGGGAAGCAUCGAGUCGCGCCGCGGCACCUGGUAGUUUGAAAAAGCGAAACUCUAAAGGUACAAAGUAAUGGCUCGGGAAUCUGGUUUCCCGCGGGGCUGUGGGAGAGCCGGACGCCGGCUGCUGGCAGUGUGUUCGGUGGUGAUGCUCGGACUUCUCGGGGUACGUGGACAGCCCGGCGACCGGGGCAUGUCCGUCCCGGAGCACGGCUUCUGCCAGCCGAUCUCGAUACCCCUGUGCACGGACAUUGCCUAUAAUCAGACCAUCAUGCCCAAUCUGCUGGGGCACACGAACCAGGAAGAUGCCGGGCUGGAGGUGCACCAGUUCUUCCCGCUGGUAAAAGUUCAGUGUUCGGCCGAGCUGAAGUUCUUUCUGUGCUCCAUGUACGCUCCGGUGUGCACCGUGCUGGAGCAGGCUCUGCCCCCGUGCCGGUCGCUCUGCGAACGUGCUCGCCAGGGCUGCGAGGCGCUCAUGAACAAGUUCGGCUUCCAGUGGCCCGACAGCCUGGCGUGCGAGACUUUUCCGGUGCACGGAGCCGGCGAGCUGUGCGUCGGGCAGAACACCUCCGAGAGGAGCCCCCCAAUCAGCCCCACCGUCACCGUGACCGACGACCCUCAUCCGGAGAUUAACGCUGACGGGCGCUUUCGGUGCCCGGCGGCACUGAUGGUCCCGCAGUAUCUGAACUACCGCUUCCUGGGCGAGGAGCACUGCGGCGCCCCUUGCGAGCCCUCCAAGCCGCAUGGCAUGAUGUACUUCAGCCAGGAGGAGCAGAAGUUUGCCCGGAUCUGGAUCGGAAUCUGGUCAGUCCUGUGCUGUGCCUCCACCCUCUUCACGGUCCUCACCUACCUGGUGGACAUGAAGCGGUUUAGCUACCCUGAGCGGCCAAUCAUCUUCCUGUCUGGUUGCUACACGAUGGUGUCUAUCGCUUACAUCGCUGGCUUCCUGCUCGGGGAUCGAGUGGCUUGCAACGAGAGGUUUGACAGCGAGGCCCGUACUGUGGUGCAGGGCACCAAAAAGGAAGGCUGCACCAUCCUUUUCAUGAUGCUCUAUUUCUUCAGCAUGGCCAGCUCCAUCUGGUGGGUGGUAUUGGCCCUCACCUGGUUCCUGGCAGCUGGCAUGAAGUGGGGCCAUGAGGCCAUCGAGGCUAACUCCCAGUACUUCCACCUGGCCGCCUGGGCCGUGCCAGCUGUGAAGACCAUCGCUGUGCUGGCGGUGGGCCAGGUGGACGGGGACCUUCUGAGUGGCGUCUGCUUCGUGGGCCUCAGCAGCGUGGCGGCCCUCCGCGGCUUCGUCUUGGCACCGCUGCUCCUGUACCUCGCCCUGGGCACCUCCUUCCUGCUGGCGGGCUUCGUGUCGCUGUUCCGCAUCCGCACCGUCAUGAAACACGGCGGCACCAAGACGGAGAAGCUAGAACGGCUUAUGGUGCGUAUCGGGGUCUUCAGCGUGCUCUACACGGUGCCUGCUGCCGCCGUCGUGGCCUGCUACCUCUACGAGCAGGCCUACCGCCAACAGUGGGAGCAGACGUGGCUCAGUCGGGCCUGCAAGGCCUAUGCGGUACCCUGCCCUUUACAGCGCCCCCUGCAGGCUGUGCCUGAUUUCACGAUCUUCAUGAUCAAGUACCUCAUGACCCUGAUUGUGGGCAUCACCUCAGGGUUCUGGAUCUGGUCCAGCAAAACUCUCAGCUCCUGGAGGAAAUUUUACACAAGACUGACCAAUGGUAGACGGGGGGAGACGACUGUGUAAUGUUACCACUAUUCUGAAGACCCUGCCCUCCAUACAACCAUAUAGACAAACUCAACUGCAAAGACAUACUUUGUUUUUAACUGAAGCCCCCCCCCCCCUUGUAGAUAUGCGAGAGAAACUCUUUGCUAUGUCCAUGUAAAUAAGCAUUUGUGAAGUUUUGUGAGUAUAUAUUUGUAUUUAAAAAGGAGCUUUUACUAAUUUUGAAUUGUUACGUCUCAUUCCAAAAAAGGUACUGCAUCUUUCUGCAUAUAUAAAUUACAUAAACAAGGUUCGUGCGUCGUGAAUAAGGAUUCCCGGCCUGUGUGUGGUUUGGACACGAGACGCUCUACCUUGAAGUUACCAGGGCUGAGCCUCUUUCACAGACGAGCACUUCCUGGACACGCAUAGCGUCUAAUGUGGCUGAUUUCCGAUCACUUCUUGUUUUUCGUUUGUCUGAAAAAUAUCCUAAAUGCUAUGUGUUUCUUUAAAUAGUGCAAAUCCUAAUGUUUUACCCUGAAAGCUGAUUCCUCCCCCCCCCCCCGUGAUUUAAUUAAGCCCAAGUGAGCGUGGCUGGUAAUAAUACUCCAACUGUAUCCGUGUCUGAUGAUGGAUGCGAUUCCUGGGGUUAAGUGUUAAGGGUCAGGGGUCGCUGGACUACAGAGGGCCGCUUCUGGAAUGUUCUUAGCCGGGGUCGGGAGUCUGACGGCAGAAGCGGCUGGCGAGCGUUUGUGUCCACGCUGGGAUGUUGAAUGGUGCCCCGUGUCUGUGUCGUUGAGAGUGGUGUAACGGAAGCCAGGAAUCGGAUGGGGGAGGGACCACUGGGAUUAAAAGUAGUGGAAUUAUGUUAAACGGGAGAGAAGUUAAAACAGCGAGUUGUUUGCCCCCCCUCCCCUUCCCAGAACUCCAUAAAGUAGAGAUUUUUAUUUUGGCUAAUUUUUUUUUAUCUGUAAGGCCGUGAUUCAUCACUAAUCGCUGUUUACAUAAAAUGUCGGGGCGAUAAGCAUCAGGCAGACCUCACACAUCUCUGGGCUGAGUUGCUGUAUGUCCUGCCGGAUCCAGAAACCCGCUUUUUUGCAGAACCUUGAACACAGGCCACACGCUUUUUUUUAGGCCUUGAUUUCUGACGGUGUGACGGCCUUUUAUUUCACGUGCCCCCCCGCCCCCCAUCACUCUUUCUGCAUGCUUCCCGUAAAAUGCCAUUUUAAAUCUUUACGCUCUUUAUUAAACGUUUUCUACAACACGGAAAUCUUUUUUUUUCCAUUUAUAUGCAGUUCUUUGUGUUCCUGUUAAAGAAUCCUUUAUAUUUAUAGAAAAAAAGGUUUGUAUAUUCCACUCUUGCCUUCUCCGAGAAUAAAAAUUACGACUUUUGUACAAAACAGCUGGUUUGGAGUGUGUUGUUGGUUUAUGGUUAAGGUUCAUCUUCUGGGGCUGACAGCUGAAAUGCAUGAGGCAUUAUUGAGACUGUAAUCUGCUGUUUAAAUGGUUUUUCCAGUCUGCAGAAAACCACCAUGCUUGGACUGUGAUUGCAGUAUUUGGUUUCUGUGUCUGUGUUUCUGUUUAAACAUGGAGUGAUUGAUUCUUUUUAUUCAUUUAUUUCCUUUUCCAAAGGCCCUGUGUCCGUGAUGUUUUUUACUUUGCCUUUUGGCUUUAUUUGGUUUUACUUAGGAACAUUUUUAAAGCUGUAUUAAAGAGAACUCACAACUGAUACAACAAAGUGUUUUUCUGUACAUAUCCGUGUUGAGGAAAUAUUUUUAAGGUGUCAUUUAUGACCAUUUUAGGUAUUUUUUUAACAGCAUACAGGAAUAACACGAUACUGAAGUUACUUAUUACUGAAGGUUGAUUUGGAAGUAAUUUUUUAGACUAUUUUUAUAUAAUUUAAACUUCCCAGCAGUUUCACAAUAAUUAAUUAUAAUGUUGUCUUCCUGGCUUAAAUUGUCACUGUGAAAGUAAACAGGUUGAAUUCACA